CAGAAUAAAUACAUUAACAACCUUCCUCUGGAUUAUUUUAAUUUCAAUAUAUGACGAUAUAACACAGAAUAAAUAGGAAAUAAGACAGGAAUACAAACCGACACAGUUUACUUCUGACUAUCAACCAAAAACCACAAUGUCUCAAUUAGGAUUAGCACGACCUGCAUCACAGAUGAGCGUCAUGCAGACUAGAAUGUCACUUCCGGAAAUACAGCAUCCUCUUUCAAGGAUGAGCAAUCCAGGAAAUAUGAACGUUACCGGGGUAUCUAAAUCACAAGAUAGACCAUUUUCUCAGAUGUCUCAAGGUCGUCCGCUAGCUAAUGAAGAGCAACUGUUCGUUAGGAAGAGUUUUAGUGCCAUGGGUCGACGUGAGAGUCGAUUGCGUUUCAGAAAAGAUAAUUUUGCUCAGCCUCCACCUGCAAUCGACAGUAUACCAGAAGGGGUGGAAGUUUCUCAAGGUGAUCCAACCAAAACAAGAAUGCCUAUUUUCGGAAGUCGAGCAGAAAUGGCUGAUAGAGAAGAUAUAGUACCACCAAGUCGUGCUGGUAGAAUGUCAGCAGCAUCAACACAAGCUAGACUAGAAAUAGAUGAGCUUGAAUCAUUAUUAAGAGGGAAGGUGAAGAAUAAUUACCGUGAAAUCAAGAAAAGAUUUAAAGACAAUGAUCCCGAAUUGAAGGGUAAUGUUACAAGAGAAGCUUUAAGCAGAAUAUUGAUGGUGAUAUUAAACCGACAACUCUCCCAAUCUGUUAUAUCGCGACUAUUAGAACGAUUACAUCUCAAGGAGAAGUCAGUUAUCAGUUUUACAGAAUUUCACUCAGCUUUCAGAGUGGAUGAAGACAGGAAUUAUCCUAAAUGGAUGGAUCCAGUCACCAGAAACGACAAAGUGAAUAUGUCCGCCUCACAAGUUCACACACAAUUAAAAGAGAAAGCAAAACAAAGGUUUAUGGAUCUGGCUGAUAUGAUUCCGCAGAUAAAUCCAGGUGGAUCUGGUCGAAUCUUGAAACCAGAAUUCAGACAAAUGUUGAGUAAGAUGAUGUUUUAUUUGGAAGAUGAAGAAUUUGAUAAGCUCUGGAAUAAAUAUGAUAGAGAUUGUGAAGGAGUUAUAAAGGGUGAAAAGUUUCUUAAAGCACUGGGUAUACAAUGGAGAGGUAUGUCAGCCGAAAGUGAGAAAUGUCCUCUCUCACCGGUUGUAGAACAAGGAAAUCCAUCACCAGAAUCUGAGAGAAGUAGCAGCCGAACACCAAAACGCAGAGAAGUAGAGAGAAGGCAACAGUUAGAUAUUGAGCGGUGGUUAAAAGAUAAAUUUAGAGAGGGAUUCUUUAACAUGAAAGAAAGCUUUGAAGUCAAAGAUAUUGACAAAUCUGGCGUGGUAUCCUACGAUGAUUUUCUAGAAGUUUUAGAAACACACGGUCUCAAGCUGGACAAAACUCUUCUCGGGGCAUUCCUUUCGCGCUGCAGUGUAAAAGUUCAAGGCCGGGGAAUACCCUAUAGAGAAUUCCUCCAUAGAUUCCAAGACAGAUCCGAAGAUGGAAUGGUCCAUAAUAUCUUAUCUCAAACUAAGCACAGAUUUAACAAGCCAGGCAGUCCUAGUAAUAAUUCAACGUUAAGUGCUAUAGAAUCACAGUUAAUGAACAUGUUUCAACGAGAUUUCCUGGCUCUUCUUGCUACGUUCAAGAAUAUUGACAAGUUGGGUCAGGACAGAAUUAGCUUAGAGGAAUUUCGAGCUGCGGUUGAAAGUCGUUUUAAUCUGGAAUUAACAGACGGGCAAUUUGAUUCUUUUAUUGAUCGUCUGCCAUUGGAUGAAGACGGCGACGUUAUCUAUGGUGAAUUUAUGAAACAAUUUGAUACCAAAGGAAAAGCGCAGAGUUUAUUUACUGGAAAGAAGAAGGUAGAUAUUCCACUCCAGGAAGAAUAUCUCGAGGAAGCACCUAGCCAUCGACAUCCUAAAGAAAUAUUUAAAGUCAUUAAAGAUUUACUGAGUAGGAAAUUCCAAGAAGUGGAGAAGGAGUUUUAUGAUCUUGACGACACCAAUACUAGACGUAUUACACAAGAGAUGAUGUAUCAGCUUCUUAAAAGGUUUAAUAUAAAGCCUCACGUUUCUCGGGGUGAAAUACGGGAUUUGUGGAAGACGUUUAUCACCAACUCCGACAGAACUCUUGACUAUCAUCAGUUUGUCCGCCAUUUUGGAUUCAGUAUUAGAUCUGCGGCCUAUCCCAAUGCUAAAUAUUGUCCUCCGCGACAUGGCGACUCUGAUUGUAUGGUUAGAUCCAGGAAACUGAAUUCUACGAGAGAUUUAUUAGAAGAUAAUGUUCGAUCCAAGAUUGAGCUUUUGUUUGACGAUCUACGCCGAGAAUUUCAGUCUAUGGAUGUAUUUAACACUGGGUUUAUAACAGUAGAGGAAUUUAAAGAUAUUUUAUUGGAACUAAAUAUACACUUGUCUGAAGUUGAACUAGAUAAUAUUACUAGGAAGUUUAAUACUAGAAAUGAUGGCAGGGUCUCUUAUGUUGAAUUCUUGAAACCAUAUGAAUGGAAACAGCAAACAUGGCGUCAUGGUAACGAUAUGGCUACUGUUUUACAACAACCACUAGCAGAAGAUGAUGGAGCCAUUAGUCUACAUGGUAUAACUAAUAAGCUAAGAGAAAAGAUGUCGGGAGAUUGGAAGACGUUACGACGCGCAUUCCGGAAGUUAGAUCUGAAUGGAAAUGGAUAUCUAUCCCUGCCUGAAUUCAAAUCUGUGUUAAAACUAGCGAAUGUUAUUCUAGACGAAGACGAAAUAUAUCAUGUAAUGUCUGAAUUUGACAAAGGAAUGUCAGGCAAGAUUUCCUAUGAUCAGUUUAUACAAGAAACCUUGAGACCAAAUACAAGACUGAGUACUGCUGGUACCAAAUCUGUUAUGUUAUGA